ACCAAUGUGGAUUGAUUAUAAUGUUUCAAUUUUGAAUAAAUUAACUACAUGAUUAUCUAUGAGAUUUUGAUGUUUUGACGUGAACAUAUUAUAGAUCUAUACAUGAUCCUUUGAUCAACCAUAGUGCAUUUAGUGACGUCAGUUCCACUAUAUGUGACGUCAAAUUGCAUAAUAGCGACAAGCGUCUGCGAACAUUGAAAGAAUUCAAGAAUUCAAGAAGAAAAGGAAGAAGGAAACUUCACUAAGCAAAAAGGGACAAAGAUGGCCUCUUAUCUGUCAGAUGAUGAUGCUCUCUCUGAUAAAGAUGAUGAAUUCCAGGUAGAUAGUUCAGCCAGCAUUUCAUCCGAUAGUGAUACCUUGACCGACGAUGAUGAACUAGAUGGUACAGAAAGUCCGAAUAUGCCGAAACGUAGACGGCGAGGACGUCCAAUCGGUUCCAAGCGGCCAGCGCCGCAUUCAGAUGAGGACGAAGACAACGAGUUAGGGCACAAAGUGAGACGAGGAUCUAGGUUGCAUCCCCUUCACAUGGUUCUUGCAGCUAUGUGCUGCACAGCAAUAUGCGUUGGCAGUUUUUCUGAGGCUGAUCUCGCCGCCCUUCGUGAAAACUACCAAUCCAUGGACAAGACUGAAAAGAGGCAGUGGCUGUUGGACUAUUUUUGGAGCCAUUCUCAAUUAGAUGAUGAAUCCCAGACAUGGAAUUUUUUGUUUGUGCUGGGAACCAAGGAAGUUUGCACUACCGCAUUUAGGGAGAUUCUAGGAAUUCCAUCUUCCACUUUUUAUGAAGUUAGGAAACUAUUUCUUAGUAAGUAUUAUAAUAUUUAG